AUGUGGCUUAAUCCGGAAAAGUGUUCUUUCGGUAUACAGGGUGGAAAGUUCUUAGGCUUCAUGAUUACGUCAAGAGGAAAUGAGAUCAAUCCAGAUAAGUGUAAGGCGAUCCAGGAGAUGAAAAGCCCAAGCAGCGUAAAGGAAGUGCAGCGACUGACAGGGUGGAUCGCGGUCCUAUCCCGUUUUCUCCCUCACUCAGGCGACAAGUCAGCCCGGUUCUUCAAAUGCCUCAAGAAGAAUGCAGCAUUUGAGUGGAGCUUAGAGUGCGAAGAAGCCUUCACCCGCCUUAAGGAGAUGUUGUCAGCACCACCUGUUCUUUCAAAGCCUGUCCAAGGCCUCCCUUUGCACUUAUACUUCUCUGUCAGUGAUCAUGCAAUCAGCUCGGUGUUGCAGAAGCCAGAUUUGUCAGGAAGACUCGUCGCAUGGUCGAUGGAAAUGUCAAAGUAUGGUUUACAGUAUGAUAAAAGAGGGAAGGUCAAUGCACAGACUUUGGCUGAUUUUGUGGUUGAAUUAACACUAGAAGAAGGUGAGAAGGUGAGCACGCAAUGGAUUUUGUUUGUCGAUGGGUCGUCGAAUUACAACGGAAGUGGGGCUGGGGACACACUGCAAGGGACAGGGGAGCUAGUAUUAGAGAAAUCCCUCAGAUUCCAGUUCAAAGCUAGUAAUAAUCAGGCGGAAUAUGACGCUCUGAUUGCAGAGCUAAAGCUAGCGAUCGAGGUGCAAAUCAACAGUUUGCUAGUCAGAACAUACUCAUUGUUAGUGGCGAACCAAGUCAACAUGGAGUUCCAGGUAAAGGAGCUGGCCUUGAUAAAGUAUCUGGAGCGCGUACGGCUGCUCAUGAGUCGUUUGCAGGAGGUUGUAGUUGAGUUUGUGCCACGAGCACAAAAUCAAAAGGAGGACGCCCUAGCAAAAUUAGCAAGCACCCGAAAACCUGGAAACAAUCGAAGCGUGAUUCAGGAGAAGCUCGCCAAUCCCAGCAUAGAGGGAGAGUUGGUGGCGUCGGUUGAUCACCAGGAAACUUGGAUGGAUCCCAUCGUCAACAUCCUGGCGGGGGAACCAAGCGAUGUAGUGAAAUACUCAAAGGCACAAAGGAGAGAGGCGGGGCACUACACAUUACUUGAUGGGAUCCUCUUUCGACGGGGAUUCAGCUCGCCCCUCCUGAGGUGUCUCCCGCCGGGGAAAUACGAGGGUGUUAUGACAGAGGUUCACGAAGGAGUUUGCGCUAGCCACAUCGGAGGAAGGUCACUAGCGAGCAAAGUUCUCAGAGCAGGUUUUUACUGGCCCACAAUAAAGAAGGACUGUGCGGAAUUCGUAAAGAAAUGUGAAAAGUGUCAAGAUCGUGUGCCGGUUCGCGUGCCGAGGGCAAUCGUCUCAGAUAAUGGGACAGAGUUUGCGAGUAAUCAAACCAGAGAGUUCUGUGAGGAGAUGGGCAUUCAGAGGAGGUUAUCUUCGGUGGAGCAUCCACAAACUAACGGGCUGCGGAGUCGGCGAACAAAGUCAUCUUGCGAGGCUUGA